CUCAAGACAGCUCAAAAAGAAACAGAUCCCACAGAAACCAAAAACAAAAAGAAUAAUAACCAUCAGCACUUGCAAGCAUCUGCAACUCUGCAACUCAACAACAACGAAAAUGGCUGAGCUCGAUAGCCCUCCUCAUGAGAUGCCCAAGUUCAUCACCUUCCUCUCUUCUCUGCUUAAGAGAGUAGCUCAAUCGAACGACGUGAACCGACGGUUCGAGUCGCAGAAGAUCUCUGUCUUCCAUGGUCUCACCCGGCCGACCAUCUCAUUACAGAGCUACCUGGAGAGGAUCUUCAAAUACGCUAAUUGCAGCCCUUCUUGCUUCGUUAUCGCUUAUGUUUACUUGGAUCGGUUUGGACAGAGGCAGCCCUUGUUGCCCAUCAAUUCAUUUAAUGUUCAUCGAUUGCUCAUCACCAGUGUCAUGGUCGCUGCCAAAUUCAUGGAUGACAUGUAUUACAACAAUGCUUACUAUGCAAAAGUUGGAGGGAUCAGCAUAACAGAGAUGAACUUUCUUGAGGUGGACUUCUUGUUUGGUUUGAGCUUCCAUUUAAAUGUGACACCCAUCACUUUCCACACCUACUGUUCUUACCUCCAAAGAGAGAUGAUUCUCCUGGAACCUCCUCUAAAUUUAGGAAGAUCUUUAAAACUCCAUUGUUGCUUCACUGAAGAUGAAUCCACCCACCAAACACAACAACUAGCUGUUUAAAGGUGUUGGAAAUGGAAUUGGAAUUUUCCCCAAGGUAGGGCUAUAGAUAGAGAUAUAGAGACUCACUCUCUCUCUUUAUCUUCUUUC